UCAUCAAAACCCACACCACCGACACGGUCAUCAAAACCCACAACACCAACACGGUCAUCAAAACCCAUACCACCGACACGGUCAUCGAAACCGACAACACCAACACAGUCAUCGAAACCCACACCAACAACACUGUCAUCGAAACCCACACCACCAACACGGUCAUCAAAACCCACACCACCAACACAGUCAUCGAAACCCAUACCACCAACACGGUCAUCAAAACCCAUACCACCGACACGGCCAUCGAAACCGACAACACCAACACAGUCAUCGAAACCCACACCACCAACACGGUCAUCGAAACCUACACUCCCAACACGGUCAUCAAAACCUACACCACCAACACUGUCAUCGAAACCCACACCACCAACACGGUCAUCGAACCCCACACCACCAACAGGGUCAUCGGAACCCACACCACCAACACAGUCAUCGAAACCCAUACCACCAACCCGGUCAUCGAAACCCACACCACCAACACGGUCAUCGAACCCCACACCACCAACAGGGUCAUCGGAACCCACACCACCAACACAGUCAUCGAAACCCACACCACCAACACAGUCAUCAAAACCCACACCACCAACACGGUCAUCAAAACCCAUACCACCGACACGGUCAUCGAAACCGACAACACCAACACAGUCAUCGAAACCCACACCACCAACACGGUCAUCAAAACCCACACCCCCAACACGGUCAUCGAAACCCAUACCACCAACACGGUCAUCAAAACCCAUACCACCGACACGGCCAUCGAAACCGACAACACCAACACAGUCAUCGAAACCCCCACCAACAACACUGUCAUCGAAACCCACACCACCAACACAGUCAUCGAAACCCACACCACCAAGACGGUCAUCGAAAGCCACACCACCAACACUGUCAUCGAAACCCACAACACCAACACGGUCAUCGAAACCCACACCACCAACACAGUCAACGAAACCCAUACCACCAACACAGUCAUCGAAACCCACACCACAAACACGGACACCGAAACCCACACCACCAACACAGUCAUCGAAACCCACACCACCAACACGCUCAUCAAAACCCACGCCACCAAUACGGUCAUCGAAACCCACACCACCAACACCGUCAUCGAAACCCAUACCACCAACACGGUCAUCGAAACCCACACCACCAACACGCUCAUCAAAACCCACGCCACCAAUACGGUCAUCGAAACCCACACCACCAACACCGUCAUCGAAACCCACACCACCAACACGCUCAUCAAAACCCACGCCACCAAUACGGUCAUCGAAACCCACACCACCAACACCGUCAUCGAAACCCAUACCACCAACACGGUCAUCAAAACCCAUACCACCGACACGGCCAUCGAAACCGACAACACCAACACAGUCAUCGAAACCCACACCACCAACACUGUCAUCAAAACCCACACCACCAACACGGUCAUCAAAACCCAUACCACCGACACGGCCAUCGAAACCGACAACACCAACACAGUCAUCGAAACCCACACCACCAACACGGUCAUCAAAACCUACACCACCAACACUGUCAUCGAAACCCACACCACCAACACGCUCAUCAAAACCCACACCACCAAUACGGUCAUCGAAACCCACACCACCAACACAGUCAUCGAAACCCAUACCACCAACACGGUCAUCGAAACCCACACCACCAACACGGUCAUCGAAACCCACACCACCAACAAAACCCACACCACCAACACGGUCAUCGAAACCCACACCACCAACACGGUCAUCGAAACCCACCCCACCAACACGGUCAUCGAAACCCAUACCACCAACACAGUCAUCGAAACCCACACCACCAAGACGGUCAUCGAAAGCCACACCACCAACACUGUCAUCGAAACCCACAACACCAACACGGUCAUCGAAACCCACACCACCAACACGGUCAUCGAAACCCACACUACCAACAAGGUCAUCUAAACCUACACCACCAACACUGUCAUCGAAACCCACCCCACCAACACGGUCAUCAAAACCCAGACCACCAACACGGUCAUCGAAACACACACCACCAACACAGUCAUCGAAACCCAUACCACCAACACGGUCAUCGAAAGCCACACCAUCAACACGGUCAUCGAAACCCACACCACCAACACGGUCAUCGAAACCCACACCACCAACACGGUCAUCAAAACCCACACCACCAACACAGUCAUCGAAACCCAUACCCCCAACACGGUCAUCGAAAGCCACACCAUCAACACGGUCAUCGACACCCACACCACCAACACGGUCAUCGAAACCCACACCACCAACACGGUUAUCGAAACCCACACCACCAAUAUACGAUCAUCAAAACCCACACCGCCAAUAUAGGGUCAUCAAAACCCACACGACCAAUAACCGGUAA